AUAUUUUGGUAAAAGCAAACUUUAAAAUUAGAACGUCAUUUGUUGUGCUGCUUUAAUUCGCACGACUUAUUUCUUUUGGAUUUGUGGUGACGGUAAUUUGGGUGUAUGCGGUAAAACGACGGAACGUUCUCGAGUUGAAAGUUGGUGUUUUGAUGUUUGUAGUUCCGGCGAAGUAGAACAACGAAACAGACCACGGGGGUCACACGCGGGGUACCGAUACGCGUGUACGGUGUGCGCGGAUAUCAUAAAUAAUUAUUUUUUUAAACCCCGUCCCAAUUGUAACUGCAGUUAAAUCGAAAUCCUGCACGUAGUGUAGCGUGAUUUCCGUGUUCGAUUAAUCUACGAAGCCGGUUCGACUACUGAACUCUAAUAAAUAUGGCGAAUAGUUUAGCACCAGAUUCGUGGGAACAGCAGGCGGAUAACGGAGACAUCGCUCCACCACAGGAUAAGUCCAUCGAGAGCAAAUUUUCCACUUUAAACGUAAAUGCUGCGGAAUUCGUGCCUUCCUUCUGCAUUAACUCUUCACCGCAGAACAGUAAUACGGCCGACAGUUCCUGCAAUGUCGCUGUCAUGAUGAAUACUGUAACCACUUCUAUGCCUCCUGAAAUACAUCAUGGCAAUACUACUCCAGUGGUUCUACCAGAUCCAGUGGGUACUCGAGUGGAAGAACCACCUGCUGGGGGAGGGGCUCCACCUCCGAAUGUUACCGAUCAAAUAAAUACUAGUCCUGAGCAUCAACCAGCUGAUUCUUGGGAAGAAGCAGCAGUAGAUGGCGAUCCUCUUUUAACUCCUGAAAAUGAAGAAGCUGAGAAUGAAGAAGAUGAAGAAAUGGUUGUUAAAAUACCUAAGAAAAAACCUGUUAAAGUAGCAGAGGACACUAAAAGUAAAAAGGAACACGUUAAUGUUGUUUUUAUAGGACAUGUUGAUGCAGGAAAAUCAACAAUUGGAGGACAAAUUAUGGCAUUAACAGGAAUGGUUGACAAAAGAACACUAGAAAAGUAUGAAAGAGAAGCGAAAGAAAGAAGUAGAGAAACAUGGUACUUGAGUUGGGCUCUAGAUACCAAUCAAGAAGAACGAGAAAAAGGAAAAACGGUGGAAGUUGGUAGAGCGUACUUCGAAACUGAACGAAAGCAUUUUACGAUAUUAGAUGCGCCUGGUCAUAAGAGUUUUGUACCUAAUAUGAUUGGUGGAGCAGCACAAGCGGAUCUCGCUGUUUUAGUUAUAUCUGCGCGAAAAGGAGAAUUCGAAACGGGUUUUGACAGAGGUGGUCAAACGAGAGAACACGCUAUGUUAGCCAAAACUGCUGGUGUUAAACAUUUGGUUGUGUUAGUAAAUAAAAUGGAUGACCCAACGGUGGAAUGGGACGAAGGGAGGUAUAAUGAAUGCAGGGAUAAAAUACUGCCAUAUCUGCGUAAAUUGGGAUUUAAUCCCGCGAAAGAUCUUACAUUCAUGCCAGUCUCAGGGCAACUUGGUAUUGGCUUAAAAGACCCAAUACCGGAACACCUUUGCACGUGGUACACUGGCCCUCCAUUCAUAUCCUUCAUUGAUUCUCUACCCUCGCUUAAUCGUAAAAAUAAUGGACCGUUUAUCAUGCCGAUUGUUGAUAAAUAUAAAGAUAUGGGAACGGUGGUAAUGGGAAAAGUUGAAGCUGGAGAAGCAAAGAAAGGACAUUCGCUACUUGUUAUGCCGAAUAGGACGGCGGUGACAGUGGAUCAGUUGUGGUCAGACGACGAAGAAGUGACAUCGGUUGGACCUGGAGAGAACGUCAAAAUCAAGUUAAAAGGCAUCGAAGAAGAAGACGUGAGCCCUGGAUUUGUCCUGUGCGACAGCAACAAUCCAAUAAAAACAGGAAAAGUGUUUGAUGCCCAAGUCGUUAUAUUAGAGCAUAAGAGUAUCAUCUGUGCUGGGUAUAGUGCAGUAAUGCAUAUUCAUUGCGCUGCAGAAGAAGUCAGAGUGAAAGCAUUGAUUUGUCUGGUCGAUAAGAAAACGGGAGAUAAGAGUAAAACAAGGCCGAGGUUCGUCAAACAAGAUCAAGUGGCAAUAAUGAGAAUCGAGUGCGCUGGUGUCAUAUGCCUUGAAAGAUUUAAACUAUUUCCACAAAUGGGACGUUUUACCCUUAGGGAUGAAAAUAAGACUAUUGCAAUUGGUAAGGUGCUGAAAGUGGUGGAGUAAAGUUACUCAACUGUGACCACAGAUUGGGAUAAUAAUCGACUUUGAUAACGAAGAAUACAGAAAAGACGCAAGCCAAACACAGUACGCACGAGAAAAAAAAACGGAACUAGCGUGACUGCUCGCGAACUACUGUUAAUGUAAUAUACACUCAUCUUACACAAGAAGCAAAAGAAUUUUACAUCAAAGAAAAGCACAUACAUCGUAUGCACAGACAGUUGGGCCGGGGUUUGGGGUCAAUUGGGGGAGGGGAGGGUAUUUAUAACCUGAAAUAAAGAAAAAAACAAACAAACAAAUAGAUUUGAUUAUAUAGAUAAGGAGACAAACAACUAAAACUCAAGAGCGCGUGUUCCUCCUAAUUAGGUAAGCUGAACGACAGCACUCACGUCGAGUUCAUAACAAAACGGAUUAAUGAUCAAACUGAUGAAUAGUGUCUCCUUGAUAUUGUAAAACACGAUAUUUUUAUUCUUCUGAGGUGCGAGACAUUAAUGAACGUAAAGAAGAAGAUACCGAUUAUGAGAUAAAACUAAGAAAAAAAAACAAAUAUUAUUAAUAUUAUUAUAAUGAUUAUUGAAUAAUUAUUAUUGAAUAAUUAUUAUUAAAUUGGUGGUAAGAAAUGAGGGAAAAAGAUAAAACAAAAAGUUUAUUAAAUCAACCAGAUAGUGUUACACGACAAUUUAUAAUUAUAAAAUUAAUAUUAUUAUUACUAUUAUUAUACUGUUUCUUAUUACAUUGUCAUUAAAAACAAAUUUGCAACAAAAUUGUGCUCUACUAAUUUUGAUAAGAGAUUUUUCAUGUGUAUGGUUGAUUUGCUUUUUCUUGCACGUACUCUAUUUCUGUUAAUUCGAUUGGUGUUGUUCGAUGGCGCCAAAGGUUCGUGUAUUGUAUCGAUGUACUACGUGUCUGUUAACACCAGAUGUUCUUACACUUGUGCUUUUCCAGAAAGAGUUUCGAUGAUUUAUAGCGUUACAUGCGAUCAAAGAAAAUUAAUGUCGAGAUUUAACUGAAAAGGAAGUUAAUAUAGAGAAUUUUCAAAGCAGA